UUUUCCAGCCCUGUGUUUGACAGGAGUGAUGAUGACCUAUUGAGCAUGUAUUGCAUGCCUGAAAUUCUCUCUCUUGCCCCUGUUGACGAGGAAUAUCUCGCCAUCAGCUCAACAUCUCUGACCUCGCUCUCAUGUGGUGGAAAUUCUGAAACAGCUUCUCCAGCUAUAGCCACCCCGCAACCCUGGGCACAUAGCAGACUAUCAGUCUCCUCGCCUGUUAGAAAACCAAGCAACAGUGACAAUGAAUGGGAGGAUAUGGAUGAAUUGGAGGGAGAAGAGGAGGAGGAAGACUAUACUUGGGAAACUCAGAUCUCUGUGACUUUGAUAAGGUCUGAGAACAAUGGUUAUGGAUUCACAGUGGUUCUUAAUAAACUGGACAACUGCCUGUAUGUUGAUGAGAUCCGGAAUGAUCCUGCCUUGUCUGAUGGAAGGCUGAGAAGAGGAGACAGAAUCAUUAUGGUGAAUGGAAUUGAUGUCACAGUGUUACCAUGCAAUGAAGCCCUGAAACUGCUACAGAGCUGUCCUUGCAAUCUGAGCCUGGUGGUUGGACGGGGUAACAAUGACCUCUAUCCCUCGGUCACAGUGGAUGAUAUUCCUGAAAUUAUACUCACAAAAGGUGACAAUGGACAAUUAGGUUUGAAGUUGACAGGAGGAGCUGGAAGCAAAUUACAUGCUAUCUAUGUUCUUGAGAUAGUACCUGGUUCUCCUGCCAGUAUAGAAGGCAGUCUGCAACCACACGACCAGAUUCUCUACAUUUGUGGGUUGCGGACUGAGGGCAUCAACUUGGAUGAAGCUAUAAGAGCAAUUGAAGCUGCAAGCCAGUACGUCCACAUCAAAGCAACAAGAAAUGGCAAUCCAGUGGUUCCCAUAGAGCAGCAAAAUACCAAACACUCAGAGGAAGAUAGUUGCUGUGCUGAACAAAGUACAUUGGAAUUAGCAAAUGACCAGAACGGUAUAAUCAAUAUUGAGUUGGAGAAAACAGCAAAUGGGAACCUAGGAUUUGCCCUGGUAGGGGGCAGAAAUGGUGCUCUCCUAAUAAAAGCCAUCAGCCCAGGCAGUAUCACUGAUCUUGAUGGGAGGCUUCAAGUUGGUGACAUCUUGCUAAAGGUGAAUAGGACAUCGGUGUCUGGUCUGCCACGCUGCAUGGUGGUAGACCUUCUCCGCCAGGCUCAAGGAAUUGUUCAGCUCAUGGUCUGCCGAAGCACAGCUUUGCACCGGGCUUCUUCAGGCAGCCACAGCAAUACAUCUUCCCCCCUGAGCACAGCAGCACAGUCAGAUGACUGUGGCGGUGAGCGAGGCCCUGGAGACCGGCCCAACUUCACUAUCAAAGGAGAGGAAGAGCAAUCCAGUCAGAUGUGCAGCAAGGAUUCAGAAAGCAAAUGUAGUCCCCCCCUGCAAGAUCAUUCAGCAGAACAAGUUUAUCAGGACGUUACCAAUGUUGCUGCAGGCAGAUCCCAGAUAUACACUGGGCAUGAAAGCAGCUUUAGGAGAAACAGCCAGGAGUCUGAAUCAGACAGCUGGAACAAUGAAGAUGAUGCGUCUCGGCGGAUUUCCAUUUUACCUAGAGGUAGCAUCCUUGUGUCUGAAGAUGAACUGACUGAGUUGACUUACAUUAAACCAGUGCCAACUGGGGUAGGUCUGAGGACUGGCAUGAAAAAUCUGAUUCGAGCCCUUCAGCAGCAGAUUGAGAAGCAGGACAUCUUAAAGGAAUUUUUGGCUCUAGAACACAUUAAACCACUUGAUGACUGCAAAGUUGGGAAAGCACCAGAGAACAGAGAGAAAAAUAGAUACCGAGAUAUCCUUCCAUAUGAUAAGACACGAGUACCUCUGGGAGAAAACAAGGCUUAUAUUAAUGCAAGUUACAUCAGAAUUCCUGUUGGACAAGAGGAGCAUUUUUAUAUUAUAACCCAAGGGCCUCUGCCUUCCACCAUAGCUGAUUUCUGGCAGAUGAUUUGGGAGAACCAAUCAGAUGUGAUUGCCAUGAUGACAAAAGAAGUGGAACUUGGAAAGAUCAAAUGUCAUCAAUACUGGCCUGAACCUACAUGUGUCUCUAUGGACCUGGCUCAAUUCCACCUGAGGCUGGAUGAUUACCAGAUCCUAGAUUAUUUUAUAAUCAGAAUAAUAGAACUGAUUAAUAAAAAGACAGAAGAAAGACGAUUUAUAAAACAUUUACAGUUUACCACCUGGCCAGACCAUGGCACUCCUAAACUAGCAGAACAGCUGGUAAAAUUCAUUUGUUACAUGAAAAAAGUUCAUCAGACAGGACCUAUAGUUGCUCACUGCAGUGCUGGGAUUGGAAGAAGUGGGGUUCUACUAUGUGUAGAUAUUUUGCUGAGCUACAUAGAGAAAAAUCUGUGUUUCAACAUCAAACAGAUAGUGAGAGAGUUGAGACAUCAGCGCUUUGGCAUGAUUCAAACAAAGGAUCAGUACCUAUUCUGUUAUGAAGUUGUGCUCAAAGUCCUGCAGAACAUUCAAGCCAUGGAUUCCCAUCAACUGCAAUAAGUACCUCUGCUAUAGCUGUUCAUCUUGGAGUCCCUGCAUUACUUCAUUCUAAAAGGAUAUUAAGCCAGCACAGGGAGGUGCUACACUGAAUAUAUUAUGCACUGUCUUACUUUCUACACUGUAUUAGAUUAUGAUAUUUGAAGUAUUUCUAAAUCAGCAUAAUGUGAGCUAGAUGUCACAUAGAUUUUGGCUCUAUAUAUUGAAAAACUCUCAGCAUCACAAUGCCACUAUUGGGUUAUCACAGUAAUUCAGAUGCUCGGCAUUGCAGCAUAUUGGUGGCUAGAACAACAAAGUUGACUAGUGGCCAAGAGAUGAUACACCUUUAUGAAGGACUACAACUAUUAUCAACUAACUUUUAUUGUAAAAAAGGCAGUUAAAAUGCUCCUGUACCAUGCAUGUAGCAAGUGGAAGAAACUGUCCCUUAAAUGUCACUCUAUACACUUGCUCCUUUAUUUUGUAUCUAUAUUCUUUAUUCCUAGCAAUGCUGUCAAGUGCUUGGAGUCAGUAUGUUUGCUUCUGGUAGUAUGAAUAACUUAGACCAGGGGUCUGCAACCUUUAUGAACUGUGGGUCAUAGCUUUCAAUCUGGCUGCUGCUCUGAGCCACUGAUCCCCUGCUGUUUCCCCAGCACACCAUGCUCUCUCGUAUCCCACCACAGCCUCCGCUUACUAUGCCACAGAUUUCUAUGGCCAAUGGACAUUCUGAGGGGCAAAUUCAGUAGGGAGGGUAGAGAGCAGGUAGGACCAGGCAUCAACCAGGACUAUGCAGGCAAGAGGUGGAGCUCAGCAUAGGAAAGCACCGGGACAAAUGGCGCACAGCAGGCAGAAGGAAGUUGGGGACACCUGCUCUGUGGUCCACACCACUGUGUGCCACUCUUUCCCCCACUUCCUCCCAGCUGCAGUAAGCUAGAUCCAAACUCUUCCAGCCUGCAGUCAGAAAAUUGCCAAUCCCUGACUUAGCCCAUUUCCUGGCAUUGUACCAGGUUUGGAGUUCACACUGUGAUCAAUGGAAAUCACAACAUUGAUGGCAGGAUGUGGCCCUGAAGCUUUAGUGAGGUGCCUUCAAGGCAGGGAAAUGAUGCUAUGGAAUUGGAGAGGAGCAAAAUUUUGUCCAAGCAAGAUAAACAUAUGCAGAUAUAAUUAACUUUCUCAAUGUGCACCCAUGUAAAAGAGAAAGUGAUACUAACCAAGAUGAAUGUAUUUGUACAUAUACCUGUGACCUUUUCCAUUGUAGGUUUUUUUUUUUUAACUUAAUAAUCCCUUAUUUAAGGCCUAAUCCAACUUCCACUGAAGUCAAUGCAAAAUCCUUUUGAUUUUGGUAGGGGUUGAAUCAGGCCUUUAAGUGAGAGCUAAUAAUGCUGUUACAGAAUCUUUUUUUGCAAGAGCCAAUUUCCAUUGUGCAAAUUCCACCAUUAGC